GGGAAAGCUGUGUAGGUAUCUUGGGUGGUUCAGGGACACUUAGGUUGUCUACAGUAUUUGUCUUGCCUUUCCCCAGAAUCUUAGUGGGUGACAAAGUCCACUCACUUCCCGUCCUCAGAUCACCGAAGCAAUAAUAUUCCUGAAGGGUCGGUAGCUCACACAUUGCCGAGAUAUAUCAAAAAGACCCAAAUAUCGGCCCAGCAUGACCUUCAUUACUGUCGCUAGUGCCACACUUCCUAGCGUGCCGCUGGACUUUCAGGGGAAUCUUCAUCGAAUCCUGGAAAGUAUCAGGCUAGCGAAAAGUCGUGGAGCCAAGCUUCGUACGGGACCUGAGUUGGAAAUUCCCGGAUAUGGAUGUCUUGACCAUCACCUCGAAAGUGAUACCUUCUUUCACAGUUGGGAGGUCGUCGCCCAGAUACUCAACGAUCCUGUGACCAAAGAUAUGCUCGUCGACGUAGGUAUGGGCGUGAGGCACCGGAAUGUGCGAUACAACUGUCGCAUUCUGCUUACAUACCAAAAAAUCUUCUUCAUUCGACCGAAGAUGAGCCUUGCCAAUGAUGGCCUGUACCGCGAGGCCCGUCAUUUCACAGCUUGGGUUAAACCGAGAACGGUAGAGACAUACUAUCUUGAGCAGAUCAUACGUGAAAUCACUGGACAAAAAACAGUACCGAUCGGAGAUGCUGUGCUUUCCACAUUAGACACAUCCGUUGGCUGUGAGACGUGCGAGGAGCUAUUUACUCCUUUGAACCCAUCUACCAACAUGGGUCUCAACGGUGUGGAGGUCAUUGUUAAUUCAAGUGCCUCCCACGCCGAGCUGAGGAAGCUCAACACUAGACUGUCUCUGAUCCAGAAUUGCACUCGGAAGCUUGGAGGGAUUUAUAUCUACGCUAAUGCGACUGGAGUUGAUGGCGAGGCCAGAAUGAUGUUUGACGGCUCAUCAAUGAUCUUGUGCAACGGCAGUGUGAUGAAGCAAUCCACGCAAUUCUCCCUGAAACCCGUCGAGGUCAUCACUGCAACAAUUGAUCUCGAGGAGGUCCGCAGUUACAGAAGUAGCAUAUCGCGAAACGUACAAGGCGCAGCGCAGCCGGAGUACCCCCGUAUCGAUUGUGAUCUAUGUCUAUCCUGUCCCGCCGACGAGGUUCUAUUCUCGGACACAUUGCAACUAUCUCGGGAAAUCUCGCUCAAGAUCCUGGACCCGAUGGAAGAGAUCUAUAGGGCUGAAGCGGCUUAUCUGUGGCAGUAUCUAACCCGGGCGAGCGCUGCCGGAUACUUCCUCGCUCUUUCUGGAGGUCUCGACAGCGCUACCGUGGCGCUCUUCGUUUUAGGUAUGGCUAAGGUGGUUUUGGAAUCUAUCAAUUCCGGAGACGACAACACGUUGGCCGAUUUACGUCGGAUCACAGGUGAACCAAAUCUCACCGUCAAAACACCGCAAGACAUUGUAAAGAGGUUACUUCACACAUGCUUUAUGGCGGCACAACACAGUGGAGAUCGGACGAGAUCGCGUGCCAAACGACUAGCCGAGAGUAUUGGUGCGUAUCAUUCCGAUGUCAACAUUGAUGGUACCGUUGCCGCACAUGAGAACAUCGUGGAGCAGGCCUUGAACUUCAAGCCAAGAUUCAAGGUUGAGGGAGGAAGUGCUGCAGAGAACCUUGCAAAACAGAACAUCCAAGCACGAAACAGAAUGGUUAUCGCAUACGAGAUGGCGCAGCUUAGCACGACAGCUCGUAAGAUGCCGCGGGCUGGUGCAAGUCUACUAGUUAUGUCAUCGGCCAACGUCGAUGAAGCUCUAAGAGGCUACUUAACCAAAUACGACUGUUCAUCUGGCGACAUCGCGCCAUUGGGGAGCAUAUCGAAAUCCGAUGCAAGAGCCUUUCUGGCAUGGGCAAGGGAGAAGUGGAAUAUGCCCAUUAUAACGGAAUUCAUCGAGGCUCGUCCAACGGCCGAGCUCUUACCGCUUUCCGCUGGGGAGCAAGACGACGAAUCCGAGGCUGAGAUGGGACUUACAUAUGACGAACUGAGCACCUUUGGAGUACUGCGCAAGGUGGAAAAACUUGGCCCGUGGUCAUGUUACUUGCGACUCUUGGUUGAGUGGCAAGAUCGACCUGGGUUCGGCCCUCAGCAAGUUGCAACCAAGGUCCAGCGCUUCUUCCGCUACUAUGCAAUGAAUCGGCACAAGAGUACUGUCUUGACACCAAGUAUUCACAUGAGUGCAUAUAAUCCGGAUGACAAUCGUCAUGAUCUCAGACCGUUCCUCUACGUUAUCGACUGGCCGUGGCAGUUUAACAAGAUCAGAAACCAUGCCAGCGCUCUAGCGGAACGGUUGGCCCAUCAGACAGCGUGAGAAACUGGACUGUUUGAUAGCCAGUGUCAGGACUAGAUUUGAUUCUGCAAGAAGCAUAUAACUAGAUAACUAGAAUCCGAAGUGCAGUGGUCUACGUAAUGACAUGACACCGAGUAG